CUGGGAUGCGGGGCAGCAGCAGAAGGUGCUGGGGCUGGAGCUGGGAGUGUGUGCGGAGUCAGGUCCGCUGUGUUCGAAAGCUUCUUGCUGUCUUCUAAAGUUAUGUAAUGCAGGGGCUGGGACUUUAAAGCUUGCAGGAUGAAUUUCUUUUACAUUUCGGUCUUAAAUUUAUUUUAAGUAAUCUUCUUUUGGGGUGGUCUUAUUGAAGUAGGUCCCACAUCUCACCAGUAUUUAACUAAGAGUACGUGAAAUGGUGACUUGCUGUGUGAGCAUCACCUCGUCGAUCUCUCGGUUAGCUUCCUUCCCUCGUAUUUACUUGCUGCCUGACUCACAGGACGCCAGGAGCCUUGGACUUGUUGUGGUGCAUUAUUCCCUGGGUGUGUCCUAAUGGUUGUCUGCAGUAGAGGAGACCUGAUGAAAUCGGAGCCGGAAUCUGGGACCUGCCUCCUUCAGCUGCAGUCGGGCUCAGUGUGUGGUAACUGUCACCUUCUGGCCAUCCCAAUAAUGAAAACCGAAGCUAAGGGUGGAGAAGAGGAAAGCCUGCAGACAGCUUUCAAAAAGCUGAGGGUUGACACCACUGGAUCUCCUGCUUCUCUCUCUGUGGGUGAAGGGACAAGUCCCACAGCACAAGGUAGAGCAGUGGCAGAUGAAAGCAAACCUAAGCAUGUGUGUGCUCCUAAGGAACCCUGGCAUGGGUUUAUGAAGAAGCCUUCAAGAGGAGCUGUGAGAACCCAGCGGCGCAGGCGUUCCAAGUCUCCAGUUCUCCAUCCUCCAAAGUUUAUCCAUUGCAGCACAAAGUCACUUCCUACCUGCAGCCAGGUGGUGCACAAGAGCCAGCCUGGUGCCCAGGAGGACAGCACUGGCUUUGGGAUGCCAGUGCCAGAGGAAGCUCCUACACAAUGUGGCGUUGCUGGCAAUGCCCGCCUGAAGGCAGCUGAUGUCGAGGCUUCAGGAGUUUCUGUCAGACAGUUGGCAUCAGAGGCCAGGCAGGAGGAGACUGCAGCAGCCCUGUCUCUGGUGUCCAAAGCAGGCCUGCAGCCUGCAGGGCUUUCUGACUUCCAGUCUGUGUCCAGGCUGGGCAGGGAGGAGCCGUGUGUGUGUGCAGAUGCGGCCUGCCGGUGGAGGCGGUGGCAGGAGAUGGAGGUGUACGAGUUCUCGGGCCUGCAGAGCAACCUGCCACUGCCACCCCUGCCACUGCCCCCCGGGAGGACAGCACUGCCUGAGGACUGCUCCCAGCCCGUGCCAUCCAGAACUCACUCAAGUUCCCCACGCUCUUGCUCUGAGCAAGCCAGGGCCUUUGUGGAUGAUGUGACGAUUGAAGACCUGUCUGGGUACAUGGAAUACUACCUGUACAUCCCCAAGAAGAUGUCCCACAUGGCAGAGAUGAUGUACACCUGACAGCACUGGCGCCAGCAGGGUGAUGGCUUCAGGCUGCCCCCUGCCAUGCUUGUGGAAGGUGCAGCCCCCUGCUGGCUCACUGCUGAUGUUCAUUAUUUAAGCUGGACAAAGCUUAGCCUGAGCUUGAUAGUUUGAGCUUGGAAUAGAUAAUGAAGUAAAGAAGCAAAUGUGUUCAGAGUGAGCCUGCUUCUGCCUAAGUCACCUAAUGCUGAGAAGUCCUGCUUGGUUUCCAGAGUCCUCCCCAGUUCAGUUUGUGGGCAGAGGAAAGUCUGUAGGUGGCCUGCUGACUGUUGUGAGAAGUCUGGCACUAGUUGGGCUCUUUGAUCUCAGGUUUUUAGCACCAAAAAAAGGUUAGCUGUAGAUGUGGAAGGCUGUAACCAAUUAACCUGUAUUCAGCUUUAGUGGCUCCUUGCUUUCACAGCAAGGAGCUUCACCAGAGAUACUGGCUUGCAGUGAAGCUCUUGGAUGCAGUCAUCACCAAUGUCAUUGUAAACUUCUCCUUUGUUCUGGACUGAAUUUCUUCUCAAAACAGAGCCAGAGUUUGUAUUUCUUUCCUGUCCAGGACCUUGGUGCCAUCUCUGCUGUUUAUAAUUUCAAGAGACUUCCCUGGUUGAACUUCCAAGUUUUUAAACCUCUGUGGCAGCAAAGAACUUUAAUUUCACCUUCCAGAUGGAGCUUUUUCUCUGAACUCUCUCUUUCUCUGUUUUUGCAUUUUUUUAACCUGAUUUGCUCUUUCCAAGGCUUGCUGAUUCUCAUGGUGUGAGCUCAGGCAGUCUGCUUUAGGGGACUCGUGGCUCUAGUUUUAUUUCCUAAAGGAAUGGCUAUCUCCUGCCCUCUUCUCAGUGCUGUUACCACUAGCACUAGUUCAGGAAGCAGAGAUCCCUUUCCUUGGGCUGGAGACAUUGUUAUUUCCUUGUGCCUGAGGAGAUUUUUCUGUCUGGUUAGCUGAGCCUCCUCCUGCCCUGCCGUUGCUGAUGCCGGUGGGUCAGACGCUGUUAGGCUAAUAUGUUUGCUUGCAAGCUGCCCAAUGAAAUAAGGCUUGGAUGUCAAAGCAAGACUGUUUCAGGAGGUUAUUCUGAUCUCUCUGGUGGUGGUUAGUGGAAAAUGUAAGGCAAGUGGAACUUGCUAAGUGUCCAACAGACUUUAGACUUAUCUGCAGCAAGGAAAAUGCUCUGCUGGGGAAAUGACUUCUCCAGUGAACCAAGGGAAAGGUGAGGGACUCUGGGGGGGUUAUGAAGCUCUAAAACAUUUGCUCACUUCAGUGAUCUUAAUUCAUGCAUUCUAGGAGUUUGUGGAGACCUUGGCAUGUCCCUUCCAUCCCAAACCAUUCUAGGAAGUAUGAUCUUUCAAGUAUUAAGAGCUGUAGACUUGAAGGGAUAGGAGUCCACAGCAGGGAAAUCUUGGGCACUGUCUUGCUUCUCCUGGGCAGUCUUUUCACCACAGCAUUGUCACUUUAGAUUCCUUCCCCAGGUCCAGAGUACUGCUGGAGCCUGCAGUCUUCCUGAAAUCGGCUUCAGCAGCAACCAGCUGGGCUAUGCUUGGUGUGCAUCAGCACCUGCCUGUUCCACCUGUGUGCAGAGCAAAGAAGCAUCCCACUGCAGAAUCUGAUCUGCUGAGGGAGAGACUGGUGCUGAAGUUUGUCUUUUUUUGCAGUACUUGAACUUUUCUGACCUGUAACAUCUGGAGGAGACAUGGAGACAUUUCCCCGUGAAAUCAUUUGGUGUUGCUCUUUGAGGGCUUUUUGUCACUUCUGUGGCAGUUACCUUGUCUGUGAACUAAGUGGCUGUGUAAAUUCACCUGGUUGCCAGCCCUGAAGUGUCCUCUCCCUCUUGCAGAGUAUGUGGGUGCCACAUCUGCCUUCAUUUCCCUGCUUUUACUGAGCUGAAUUUCUGCAUUCUGAACCCCAGGCAGUUGUUUGGUGACUCUGCAGCUCAGUAUUGCAGUGGAAAGUGCAGAAUGCUCUUACUACUCCUUUCUGCUGCAGUGCUUGCAGGCAGCAGCCACCCGAGCUUCGUAGGGCUGGGAAUGCCUUCGGGACCAUGCUGCUUUGCACCAGCCCUGCGCUGGCCACCACGGAGCCCUGGCGUAGGGUUGCAGUGUUGGGCGCUGAGUACUGCAGAUCCAGGAGGUAGUGUGAAAGAAAACGGUGAGCUGUGCAGCCCGGGAGAGGAAAGCAGUGCUGGGCCGCUAGAGGUCAGCCCCUGGCCGGCUGCGGGCUGGCUGCCUGCAGCUCUGCCUGCUCGGCAGUCCUGGAGCUGUCCCCUCUGCCAGAGUGAAUCAGGGCAUGAGUAGGCAUGCGGUGCUGUGCUGUCUGAAGCUCGAUUGUGUGGCAGUGCUAGGUAGUGGUCAACAAAAUCUCUUCAGAAGCCACCAUCUGCACAAGGCCCUGGUCUGUGAGCAGGGCACUGCCAGCCUGCGCUGUGCGGGCUGGAGGAGCUUCUGGGUGAAUCAUUGUGUGCUCCUGCACUGGGCGUCCUCAGGGCCCUCAGCACCUUGAGGCUGGUGAGUACUGGAUCACUGAAAUAAAAGGCUCUGGGUAGCUGCAGCUGCUGCCUUCACUCUUUCCCUUCUGACACUGCAAGGUGUGUUAAGAUGUUUUGGUCUGCCCAGAGCCACAAAACAAAUACCUCUGGUCUUACCUUGAGGAAAAUGUGAAUGUCCAGGCCUUAGUCAUGCAGCAUGAGCCUCAAAAGUGUGCCUGAGUAGUCUGAAAUGUUAGCUUUAAGAACAACCCAGUGCAAGGAGAAAGCUGACUUCUUUGUCAAUAACAAAAUUAAAAGCUGCCUGGUUCUGCAGAGCAGCAAUUCUGAGCCUUGCUGGAGCCCCUCACCAAAGUGCCUGCUCCUGCCUGUGGCUGCAUAAUUACCAAAGGUCUUGCUUCUAGCUUCACCACAGUGAUUGGUCCUUCCCCUUGGUACCUGUGGGCUGCUUGUGCUUGGUAAGCUGCGUAUCCACACGUCCUUGUCUGGCAGGUCUAUGGGGUUUUCUAUGCUGCUUCAUCCUAGAAACACCAAGGGGAGGUUGUCCAAGUUGUAGGCUGUUGGAACUCGCUGUUGUCUGUGACAGCUUUGCCCCAGAGCUUGACCUGGGGAGCUCAGGCUGCAUGGCCUCACCCCACAGCUCCUGCAGCUUCUCAGCAGAAGGUCAUCUCUUUGUGGUCUUGCUGUGGCAGUGUCUUUAGGAGAUGGAACAGGUGUGGCUAGAAUAAAGGAGGGCUUGAGUCAGCGU